GUCUUCAUCUUGAAAGAUUCGCACGACCAUCCAUGCACUGCAAAAAUGGUUGAGAAAAUGAGAGCAGGGCAGUGCAUACAAGAGGCCGGCAGUCCUGAUGCACACCCCAUGCCAAAGGCAGAAGGAAAAUGAGACAUGGAAAGAUGGAAAGACAGAAAAAGAGAAACCCCGAGCGAGCAGUGGGUAAGUCUAUGCGCGAGAACGCCUUAAAGCUCUCUCAGUCGCUUAAACCUCUCCGCAUCAUCCCGAUUCCCUAACAUGCACCGCCCCAAAUACACCAACUGCAGCAAAGGCAUAUCAAAGCACAUCACCGGCGCCCACACCACAUAUGUCUGUCUCUUUUGCAUAUCCAUGCUUCGAGCCUCCAUACCGUGGCUACAACAUCACCCACAUGAGUGCCACCACUGCCAUCCCGCCCCACCAUGACUUGCUCGUAUGCUUCGCCGCGUUGGCAGUAGGCUGCUCGUGAGCUUGGACUGUGAUGGUGAUCUUGGUCUUCUUGUCGUCCACCCCCUCCAGUAUGGCCUUCAUAGUGGCAUUGCUCUCCCACACCGCCGGCCCCUCUGUGUCCUUCGUUCCUCUCCCCCUGCCAGGCAGGAUGCAGGCAUCCGUGUGGCGGACGUAGUUGCCCUGGUGAAUCUGGAUGUACUCGAAGCCCUCCACAUUGAUCAGCUCGAUGCGCGGCAACUUUGUUCCAUUCUCUCCCCCAUCACGCCGCACAAAGCCAUCGUAGGUGCCGGUUGGAAUCUUCCCCUUCUUUUGGUCCUCGAGCUCGAGCGUGUGGCCGGAGGCGGUGUUGACGCCCGAGCAUUGAAAAGUCCCCAUGCGAGCAGAGAUGCCGUUGUGCGUUGUGGGUGAUUCAUCCCGCGUGACGACACAAGAGAGGGUAGGAAGGCAGCUGCAGGCGACGAACCGGACCUCAUAUUUAGUGAGGGGCUCCUCUGGGGUGAAAUAUUCCACCUUGUCUCCCACGCGCAUCGACAGAGCUAUAUCACGAAUCCCAUUGUCCUCGGGAAUCUCAGACACGAGUCCCUCCCUUCGCUCUAUCAUAUCUUCGGCACCUGCAGGUAGCGACGGCGAUGAGAUGAACCCUGGAGAUAGACAAGACAGAUACCAACCAACGACACAUGGAUGGAAGGAGACAGAUAGGCUGCAGUUGCUGAUGUCUCUUUCACUCACUCACAUUCUUCGAAGGUCACAGUAUCAGUGACUUUCGGUGAUGGCCCGGGCAACCCCUUUGGCUUCCCACGAUCCGAGUACCAUAGGUAGUCCUGCGGCACGAUACGAUAGCAUAUGUCACCCUUUUCAGGUACUGUGAUAGGAAUGCUCUCAGGACAGGGAGUCUGCUCGCCAUAUUGGACUGUGACGGUGAUUUUGGUGGUCUUGUCGUCGACCCCUGUCAGUAUGGCCUUCAUGGUGGCUUCGCUAUCCUUCACCAUCGGCCCCUCUGUGUCAUGCAUGUCUCUUCGUGUGCCAGGGAGAAUGCAGGCAUCCGUGUUGCGGACGUAGUUGCCUUUGUGAAUCUGGAUAUUCGUGAAGUUCAGCACAUCCACCAGCUCGAUGCGAGGGCCCAGGUUGCUGGAUCCCGGAUCAUGCCUCACAUAGCCAUCAUAAGUGCCGGUUGGAAUCUUCCCCUUCUUUUGAUCUUCGAGCUCGAGCGUGUGGCCGGAUGCGCUGUUGACGCCCGAGCAUUGAAAGGUCCCCAUGCGAGCCGUGAUGCCGUUGUGCGUUGUGGGUGAUGCGUCUCGCGUGAUGACGCAAGAGAGGGUAGGAAGGCAGCUGCAGUCCACAAACCGCACAACAUGACGUGUCCAGUUUAAGCCGGCGUCUUCGUCAGCGAUGCACUCCAACAUGUCUCCUACGCGCAUCGACAGAAGUCCCUCGCGCAUCUCAUACGGCCACCCUCUCGUAAAGUCAUACAUACGCAUAACUUCAGAGGUUGGAAUUCUGUCUGACCCUGAGAAGCCUGGAUGCAUUUUGCCAUCAAUCCCUGCAGGUAGACAGAAGAGACAGAAGAGACAGAAGAGACAGAAGAGACAUGGACAGAGCAGACAUGGCAUCCAACAAUAUAUGUGACAAUGCCUUUCUCUUUACUCACAAUGUUCGAAUGUCACAGUGUCAUUGAGUGCGGGUGUUGGCCCGGGUAGCUUGAUUGCUCCACGGCUAGGAUCCCAGUACCAUAAGUAGUUCUGCCGGACGACGCGACAACACACAUCUUCAUACUCCCCGAUAAGACAUCCAACUUGGACUGUGAUGGUGAUGUUGGUGCUCUCAUGUACACCAUCUAGUAUGGCCUCCAUAGCGUCUUCACUGUGGGUCAUCAUUGGCCCCUCUGUCUCGUCCAUUCCUGCCCACUCCCCAGGAAGGAUGCCACCAUUUGUGUCGCGGAUGUAGUUGCCUUUGUGAAUCUGGAUGUGCUCGAAGCCCGGGACAUCUCUUAGCUCGAUGCGAGGACCAAGAUUCUUUUUUCCGAGAUCACGCCGCACAAAGCCAUCGUAAGUGCCGUUAGGAAUCUUUCCUUUCUUUUGGUCUUCGAGCUCGAGCGUGUGGCCGGAGGCGUAGUUGACGCCCGAGCAUUGAAAGGUCCCUAAGCGAGAGGUGAUGCCGUUGUGCGUUGUCGUGAAUGGAUCGCGGGUGAUGACACAAGAGAGCGGCCCAGUAGUUUCAAUUUUGAUGGUGAUCUUGGUUGGUGUGAUGAUAGGGGGGGCCACGCGAUGAAAGACAGAGCUGUCGUUGAAAUGAUUCAGCCGCUCUAGUAUGGCCUUGAGAGCGUCUUCACUCUUGGUCACCAUCGGCCCAUAUUCGUCAUUCAUUGCUCUUCCCAUACCAAUGAGAAUAAUUGAGUGUUGGACGAUGCUCCCAUGGCAAAUAGAGAUGCGGUCCCUCAGACAGACUUUCCAUUGAGCCCACCAGUCGGACUGGCCCGCAUGACAUCCAUCCGCCACCAGAUCGAUACGAGAUGUCGGCGCUAAGCCAUACCCAAAGUUAUCUUCAUUCCCAGCGAGCAUGCGGAACCCAUCAUAAAUACCGAAAGGUAUAUGCCCAUGAACUCCGGGAGGUAUAUACCCGUCUUCGAGCGUGUGGCCGGAAGCGCUGUUGACGCCCGAGCAUUGAAAUGUUCCCAUGCGAGCCGAGAUGCCAUUGUGCGUCGUCAGGAAUGGGUCGCGGGUGAUGACGCAAGAGAGGGAGGUAGGAUUGAUAGCCACCAAUCGAUCUUCCCAUGGCCCACCGCCGCCAUCCCAGACACCCUGAAAAAACCUCUUGCACUCUUCGAAGUCUCCCACACGCAUCGACAGGAACACGUCAAUCUCCCCCCCAUGAUAACGCCAAUAAUGAUAUAGGCGACCACCCCACAUUGCCACAAAACUUAGGUCCUCAACCUCUGGCCUUUCAUCUGGACGCCCUGAUGAAUGAUGGAAGCAAAGGAUGAAAGGCCGUUACCGAUAGGCUGCUCUUUUACUUACAGUGUUCAAUCGUGACCGUAUCGUUGAUUUUAGGUGUGGGGCCGUUGCCCCGCCGCACGAUGCGACAACACCAUACAUACUGUCCGAUAGGCUUCAGCUCGUGGUGGGGGUAGAAGCCCUCAGGACAGUGAGUGUUGGACGUCACGUGGGCAGCUGCACCCGCCUCUGAUGGACAAAAAUGAAUAAUUGGUACAAUGUGAGUUGGUUUGCGUGCCUUCGUGUGACGGUGCUGUUGUCGCGCGUCUCAUUCAAACCAGCCGUGAGGCGGGGAAAGUGGCCUGCACCUGAAGCAGUGACAUCCACACACACAAUGACGGUGUGAGGGCAUCGUGCAUAGUACCCGUGCACGUCAACACGAUGACCACAAGGAAUCGCAUCUUGACCCGCGACG